AUGGACGCCUCUGGCGACCUCCUCGCGGGCGAGCCGCCCAUCAUUGACCCGUACGAGGUCUUGGCUCUUGAGCGCACGGCGACUGCAGACCAAAUCAAAACAGCAUAUCGAAAGAGCGCUUUGAAGCACCACCCAGACAAGGUUCCCGAGGCACAGAGGCAGAAGGCGCACGAGACCUUCCAGUCGAUCGCCUGCGCAUACGCUGUACUCUCCGACCCGACCCGGCGCAAGCGUUACGACGAGACGGGGUCGACCUCGGAAUCCAUCGUCGACUCGGACGGCUUCAGCUGGUCGGACUACUAUCGCGAACAAUUCCGCGACUCGAUAUCUAGUGGAGCGAUCGAGAAGUUCAAGGAAAAGUACAAGGGGUCGGACGAGGAGAAGGACGACCUGCUGGCGGCGUACGAGAAGUUCAAGGGCGACAUGAACAAGGUAUACCAGGUCGUGAUGCUCAGCGAACCCACCGAAGACGACGAGCGGUUCCGCGAGAUCAUCGGCCAGGCGAUCGCGAACAAGGACGUUCCGGCGUUCCAGCCGUACACGAAGGAGAGUCAGGAGGAGAGGGAAGCGCGAGUCAAAGUCGCGAAAGAAGAGGCCACCGAGGCUGAGGAAUAUGCCAAGGAACUCGGCGUGCACGACAAUCUGUUUGGCAACAAGAAGGGGAAGAAGAAGGGCGGCAAGAAAGGACCGUCCGAACACGAUCUGGCAGCCCUCAUCCAGCGCAACCAGCAGGGCCGAGGCGAUUUCCUGGACAACCUGGCAGCCAAGUACGGUGCGACGCCGGCGCCUAAGAAGGGGAAGAAGCGCGGCGCGGUGGACGACGGAGAGCCUUCAGAGGAAGCCUUCCAGGCUGCUGCUUCCAGACUUAAGAAGAAGGGCAAGAAGUGA